GCAAUAGAAACUCUGACAGGCGCCCUGUUUCAGCGACCACCCCUCAUUGCUGCUGUCAAACGACAACUGAGAGUCAGAACCAUCUAUGAGAGCAAGCUGGUGGAGUAUGAUCCUGAGAGAAGACUAGGUAUCUUCUGGGUGAGCUGUGAAGCAGGCACGUACAUCCGAACACUCUGUGUUCACCUUGGAUUGCUGCUUGGAGUAGGGGGCCAGAUGCAGGAGCUCCGCAGAGUGCGCUCGGGCAUCCUAGGAGAGAAGGACAACAUGGUGACCAUGCAUGAUGUCCUGGAUGCACAGUGGCAGUAUGACAACAACAAGGAUGACAGCUACCUGCGGAGAGUUAUCCUGCCUCUGGAGAAACUGCUGACUUCACACAAGCGGCUGGUCAUGAAAGACAGCGCGGUUAAUGCUAUUUGCUAUGGAGCCAAGAUCAUGCUGCCUGGUGUCCUCAGGUAUGAAGACGGUAUUGAGCUUAAUCAGGAGAUUGUUGUCAUCACUACAAAAGGAGAAGCUAUCUGUCUAGGUAUGAAACUUCUUUUUCUUCUUGUGGCCAGCUAG